AUGUUUACAUUGAGAAGAAUUGAUAUGUUUACAACUCGCGGUACGACAGGGCGUUCUGUUUUGGAUCAUGACUUUAAAAGAAUUACUCGUACUUUCUCGAAUCCAUCCCAACAAUCAAUUAUCUUAAAACAAGAACGUGUUGUCUCAUCUAUGGAAAUUGAUAAUUCACGACGUUCUUCAUUUUCGGAAAUCAGAACUGCUGAAUUCGUAUCAUAUUGUAAAGAUCAAGAUCUUAAUAAACAAAUUACCGGUAAUGUUCAUCAUAAAGAUGGUGAUGAAAAUUCUAUCAAUGUGGAUAAAUCAUCCACUAAUGUUAAGGAAAAAAAUGUAUCCAUCAUUUCGGUUCCAUCAGAUGAUGUGAUGGAAGGUUUGCUUGACCCCAAAACUGCUGAAGUUAUUGAUUCGAUGCCUUCUGAUAAUCGUGGUGAUGUGGGUGAUUUUGAGUUAGGUGAAUUCAAUGAUGAUGAUACUCAAAAUUUGGAAGAAAAUGGCUUACGACAUACUUUAGAAGAAUCAACAACGAAUAAUUCUUGUUUGGAACGUCAUGAUGGUGUUGAUAAUUUAAAAUAUGUGAAUGAUACUAUUGAAAGUGUUACACGGAACGAUUCUUCCGCUGGAGAGACAAAUAAACUUAACGAAAAAGAUGAACAAAGUUCCGGAGAAAGCACAAAGAUAAUAGACUUAAAUAAAAAGUUCAAUGAAAAAAUCGAAAUGAUUGAACGAGCAUUUAUUGAUGGUACAAUGGCUCUUCGCACGGCAUUGAUCGCAUUUCGUGACCUUAUGGAGUUACUUCCUAAAGACGUACAACAACGUAUUUCUGAAUCUUCUGGCAACAUAAACGUUCAUGAAAUUCCACAUGGCGUAAAUGCGGAUAUUUUUCCGCCAUCAUCCAGCGUCACAACUGUUCAAGAAACUCCGAAUGAAACGGAUACAAAUAUUUCGUUAGAAACCGAUGAAACUUUUUCGGCUCCUCCAAGUCAAAAUGUAAUUCUCACACCAGAAUCAUCUAGUCCGUCAAGUGAUGGUCCUAAUAUUUUACUUACGCCUGAACCGGAAAGACCAAGCUUGAAACGUAAGGGUAAACAAAUCGAAUCUCAAGAUGAAAAAAGGCGUGCAGUUAAUGAAUAUUCACCAAAAAGACCACGUAGUGCUUUUAAUUAUUUUAUGCAAGAUAUCUACUCCUCAGGAGGUACGGCACAUGUUACGCCCAAAGAAAGAUUUAAAUUUGUGCGUAAAAAGUGGAAAGAAGUACCGGAACCAGAAAAAGAUAAAUAUCUUGAAAUGGCUUAUGCAGAUAGAAAGAGAUAUGAACGUGAAAUUGCUAGUAAAGAACUUCGACUUCGUCACGAUAAACCCAGUGAGGGUGAACGCGAACUUUUAUACGUUCUUGUUCCGACUCCUACGCAUCAGGUUCUUUCCGCAUAUCAAGAUUAUCGAGAUACUUUAGCAUCGUCGUCAACAACCAGCUCAAAUCAAUUAGGUCAGAGUUGUCAUGAGGAUGAUAUUAACACCACUAAUGACACUGCUGAAACUGAUAAUAUUGUGCAAGAUGAAGAAGGUUCAACAUCAGUCGCUAUAAAUCAUUCUUCUAAUAAUAAUGAAGUUGGUGCAUUUGUUGAUCAGGUGAAUUAA